UGUGGUCGUCUUUACACCCUAUUGCCGACGGUGUCAUGGAUUUCAGGGCCGCCCGAGAUCUGGAUGGCGAAUGAUGAGAACUAGGGCGGUAAUCCGGAGUGAAUUUGCCGUAUAUAGGGUUUGCGUAUUCGUUGGAGGCUGUGAGGCUGGUGAGCGCUGAAGCGCCUUUAGUUCUAUUCUUGCGGCCAAGUUUCAAUACGCAGAAAACGUUUCUGCGCCUCCCGGCGCACCCAACCCCAAACCUCUCCAGGGCUGCAGCAGCGCCUUAGAUUUCUUUCCAUGUUUUCCCAAUUUCCAUCUCAUCCACAAUGGCGUCGUCCCUCGCCCCGACACAAGUCGCGCCCGUACUGUCGACUCCUGAUACACACAUCUUCGAGGAUGCCGCUCCCAAGAUUGACCUUGCGACUCUGCCUCGGCUCUCCGAUGAGCAGCUUGCCAUCACGUACGAAGUCGAGCGUACAGUGAACGAGAUUCGCGCCGGAAGAUGGCGACGCAUCGCCCUUCAAUUUCCCGAUCAUAUGUUGGUGGAUUCUACACGAGUCUUUGAAGCACUGAGCCGCGGUCUUCAUAUUACGAGAAAGCGACAGUCCUGCUCCUGUACAAGCGAUCCUCCGCCGACGGAUGUUCAUGGGGAAGAAAUUGCAAGACUUUCGCAGCGCUUGCAGGAUGUCAAUGUCUCGCCUCCCAAGAUGGAAGAGGAAGAAAAGCUGUUCAUUCUCGGUGAUACCUCAUAUGGAUCCUGCUGUGUAGAUGAAGUCGCCGCUGAACACGUAGACGCCGAUGUCAUCGUACAUUACGGUCGCUCCUGUCUCUCUCCCAGUGCGCGCUUGCCCGUCAUAUACGUCUUUACCACGAGACCGCUGAACAUAGACGCUGUGAUACAAACAUUCAUCAACACAUAUCCGGACAAAGAGAGCAGGAUAGUGCUUAUGGCCGAUAUUCCCUAUUCUGAACAUUUAACGUUACUGAAAAGUAGACUACAAGAAACUGGCUACAGUAACGUCUUCGCUACGUCUGUUGAGCAUAACCCCUCCUCGCCACUUCCAAAUCGUACUGUUCCCGUCGAAGUGAGCGAGCUGCCAGACAAAUUGAAAGACUACCAAUUGUUCCAUAUCUCAGAGCCACCGACCGCGUUACUGCUGACCCUGUCCUCUCGUGUAGGCGCUAUACACAUCUAUCCAACAGAACACAAUAAUGGAGGUGAAGUCAAUGCUCUGCCGGUCUCGUCUGCCAUGACUCUCCGCCGCAGAUAUGCUCUCAUCACUCGUCAGAGCACUGUUGACAUAUUUGGUAUUCUCAUCAAUACUCUGUCUGUGAAGAACUAUCUGCAUAUUGUAGAUCAUGUUCGAGACAGCAUCGCAGCUGCUGGGAAGAAAAGUUACACUUUUGUUGUAGGCAAGAUCAACGCAGCCAAAGUCGCAAACUUCAGCGAGAUAGGUGGAUGGGUCGUGAUUGGGUGUUGGGAAAGUAGCCUCAUCGAGAGCAAGGAAUUCUGGAAGCCGCUAAUCACGCCAUUCGAACUACAACUGGCCUUGAGGAGCGACAACGACAGGGUUUGGACAGGCGAGUGGAGCAGCGACUUUCAGAGCAUCCUGAUCGGUGAGGAGCAGAAUAAUGCUGCCCCAAAAGACGACCAAGCCACCAUUGGAGACGCAGACGAUGUAGAUUCCGAGGGCGAUUCAGCACCACCGGAAUUUGAUCUACGAACGGGUCGCUAUGUCUCACAUAGUCGUCCAAUGCGUACUACUAACGGUCAUCGCUCUUCUGCUGCUGCUUUGACAUCGAGCACCAAAAUGUCUUCUUCAGUCGUAAAGCGUGCCAAAGGCGAUAUAGCGCAGAUAGCAGGGGUCGUUUCUCCAGGUGCAGAAUUCCUGAGGUCGAAACGGACGUGGCAAGGAUUGGGGAGUGACUUCGAAAUCGCAUAUGACGAGUCAGGUGCUAUAGACAGACAAGGAGCGCCUGUUGAAGAAGGGAGACGUGGAGUCGCUCGGGGCUAUGUGGUUGGAGAUGAUAGGUCUGCCAGUUAGCGGUCGAUAGGGUCACAGUGUGUACACGAUGGCCGGUAUCUGUUGUAAAUGUGAAGCACGACUACGUACCAUAUAGUAGUACAAGUGAUGUGUAUAUAAACCAAAAAUGGACUUAUAGAUUGUGGUCUCAGCCAAUUUUGUUCUGAGAACAGACGCUGUCGCCGACACCAGGGCCAAUUUCAGGCUGGUGAUGGGUACAGUUAACCUCCGGUGUAUAUAUUUGGGGUGGCGCUAAGACCAGUAGCCGGAUCUGGCGUAGCCCCUUCCCAGGCGGCAGGGCGCGAUUCAAUCUCCCAA